CCCCUUGCAUUGGGUGAGAGAGGAAAAGGAAACCUGUGCACGAUUCGUUUGGUAAUUAACUAGGACAAAUCCUACAUGUUUGACUUGUCCACCCUUGGCCUAUAUAUGCCGCCAAAUCGACUCAAGACAAGCCACUUCCACGGCACAGAGCAAGAAGAAUACAAGAGAGAUCGAAGCCAAGAAAACAAGAGCCCGACAGACGGAUGGGUGCGAGCCUCCUGCAGGCCGUGGUGGCGCUGAUGAGCACGUGCAUGCACCGGCUGCAGCGGGUGGCACGGAGGAUGGCCGCAGGAGGGGGCGGCAAGGGGUCUCCGCCCCGCGUCGUGGUGCAGUGGAAGAAGGCGUUCUCGCUGGCGCCGUCGGCGAAGGCCGGUGGGAAAGAGGCUGAGGGCGAAGUGUGGAGGAAGGAGAUCUUGAUGGGGGAGCGGUGCCAGCCGCUGGACUUCUCCGGGGUCAUCUACUACGACGCCGAGGGACGCCGCCUCGCGCAGCCGCCCCCGCCGCGGUCGCCCAUGCGCAGCCCGCUCCCGGCGUCCCCCAGGCUCACCGCCAACGCCCGCGCGCACUAGAGGCCGGGAUCUUGGUGUGCGUGGAUUGCUCCCAAGCUCCGCCAUGUCAGAAUUGGCGAGAGGGCUGCGCACAAGAUGGCGAGCCUGCUGUGUUCUUGUUCAGGGAGACAGAAUGAGUUUGUAUUGCGGUUUGUAGUUGUACAUGGUGAUCUUGGUGUCCUUUUCUUGCUGUUCCUUUUUGUUUGUUUAUUUUUCCUUUAAUGGUGUUGUAAUGGUAGGCUAUGCAAGAGUUUUGUAGGAUCAAGAAAGGUGACUAGAUAGAGGUGAAUAAAAAUCUCAUUAAUUUUUUAAUGGUUUA